CAGUGUCAAAUGAGGGGAAACUGUAAUUGGCCCCUGCAACCUGUGGUCUGUUUGUGUCUCCAGUGGAUCAAAUACACAUUCUUCCCUUAAUAUCCCUGCGUUAUAUACAAAAGUACACACAUUUACGUGCACAACGCCUGAGCCUCAUCUCUCUAAGGUUUGUGCUUUCUGCAUCCUUGUAUUGUGGGUGCAGUUACAUCUUCCAAUCGCAUGGAGGCGCCGCAAGCUUCUCCUGACAGCAGCAGUGAGGAAUGUACUGUACUAGAGGCUCUGCCUGGCAAGGGAACAGCGCUAAUUUGCUCUCAGCACAAAGGAAAAGUGUCUGCGUUGUACUGUUUGGCUUGUGAGAAUCCAUUAUGUGUGGACUGUAUGAAUGGAGAACAUGCUGAACACCCCACUGAUUCACUGGAAAAUAUUGUGGACCAACAUUUAGUGGCACUGCAGGACAGAGUGGAUUCAGCUAAGAACAGGCUUCCUCAGAUAAGAGAAGCAGUUCAGUGUUUGAGAGACAUUCUGCAGCAGUUGAACUCUCAGCGCAGCUCCAUAGAGGAAGACAUCCACUCCUCCUUCAGCGAGCUCCACAAAACUCUGGAUACACGCAAGAGCGUCCUGCUCAUGGAGCUGGAAGUCACUUAUGGACUGAAGCAGAAGGUUUUGCAGGCUCAGUUGGACACUCUUCUGCAGGAGGAAGCUGCCAUCAACUAUAGCUGCAGUCUGACCGGCGAAGCCCUGGACAGGGGAAACAAGGCUGUCAUUCUGCAGACCCAUAAAGACGUGGGAGAGAGACUCAGUGACCUGGCCAGCCAGGGCCUUCCUCUUCAGCCGGAGGAGAACGACCAGCUGGAUCUCAUGAUGGAGAUCGAAGGACUUCGCAAGUCCAUCCACAACCUGGGGACUAUCGUCACCACCAAUGCCGUGGCCAGUCAGACCGAGGCAUCAGGUGAUGGUCUGGAACAGUGUAUUGUGGGCCAGCCGGCAACUGUCGUCAUAACCACAAGAGACAAGUCUGGAGGACUGUGUAAGACGGGCAUCGCCGUCAUCUCAGCAGAAGUCUGUACGCCGGAUGGCAGUGUUGCAGACGGCGAAAUUGUGAACCUUAAAAAUGGAACGUAUGAAUUCCAAUACACGGCGAAGAAAGAGGGACAUUUUAGUCUAGCGCUUAGACUUUAUGAUCAGCAUAUUAAAGGAAGCCCCUUCCAGUUAAAGGUCACCAGCUCUCCAGAUGAUUCUUCACCCACCACCACCGCAGCCAAUGCUGCAUCCACGGGUUCCAGCGAUGGUGGGGCACGGAGACGGAGCGCCAAGUCCCCAGGGAGCAGAAGCCGGCAGAAGGGCGUCAGACGGGGAGGAAGCUUGUUCAGCACACCAAAAAAGAAAGUGAACCCGAUCGAGGAUGACCUCAUUUUUAGAAUAGGAACAAAAGGGAGGAAUAAAGGAGAGUUCACUAACCUCCAGGGAGUAGCAGCUUGUUCAGAAGGAAAAAUCUUAAUUGCAGACAGUAACAAUCAGUGCGUGCAGAUAUUUUCAAAUACGGGAGAGUUUCAGAGCCGGUUCGGGGUACGUGGCCGUUCACCGGGGCAACUGCAGCGGCCCACUGGAGUAGCUGUGCAUCCAAAUGGGGACAUCAUCAUUGCUGACUAUGACAAUAAGUGGGUUAGCAUCUUCUCCAGUGAGGGCAAAUACAAGGCUAAGCUGGGCUCAGGAAGGCUGAUGGGUCCAAAGGGUGUAUCCGUGGAUCAGAAUGGUCAUGUUAUCGUUGUGGACAACAAGGCUUGUACUGUUUUCAUCUUCCAGCCCAGCGGCAAACUCGUCACUAAGUUUGGCAGCAGGGGAAACGGCGACAGACAGUUUGCAGGCCCACACUUUGCAGCUGUCAACAACAACAAUGAAAUAAUCAUCACAGACUUCCAUAACCAUUCUGUGAAGGUAUUUAAUGCAGAUGGUGAAUUCUUGCUGAAAUUUGGCUCAAAUGGUGAAGGGAACGGUCAGUUCAAUGCUCCCACAGGGGUUGCUGUGGAUGUCAAUGGGAACAUUAUUGUGGCAGACUGGGGAAACAGUCGGAUACAGGUGUUUGACGGGAGUGGAUCGUUCCUGUCCUACAUCAAUACAGCGGCCGACCCUCUCUAUGGGCCGCAGGGUCUCGCUCUGACCUCGGAUGGCCAUGUUGUGGUGGCUGAUUCUGGGAACCACUGCUUUAAAGUGUACCGCUACCUGCAAUGACUUCAGAGAGACUCUGAUCUAAGACGGAAGGAGAAUCAAAGUCAUACUGUAUGCGUCCAAAUCUUGCACUUAAUGUAAUGUAAUGGUAUUCAAUCUCCUUGGUUUUCACAUCUUUUUGAAUUUGUUACUACUGUCGGAAAACUCUCCUAAGAAGACUAAAGCUUGUUAACACUGUUUAUGGGAUGCCUUGGAAUGCCUUUGCCAGACCUCCACACUCCACACUGUGGAAAUACUGAGACGUCAGAAUGCAUUGGUGAGUGAACUACUACCUAAGCUGAAACUCUGCUCUUGUGUGCUGCAUGUGUGGACCAUGCAUGCACCGCCAACUUUUGGACACAUCCAAACCCCAUCUGACUUCUAGGAUGCUAAUAGAACACUAUCUCAAAACUUUUGAUGAGUUAUUGAGAUGCUCAUAACUGAUGCAGCCAAGAGAGAAGACAGCCAACUGUCUCCAAGCUUUAGCAUUCCUUCUUUGACCUGUUGGCUCCAUUGUUCAUGCAUCUUACAGUUGACUAAUAAACUAUUGGUUAAAAGUUUGGAAUAAUUACAUUUUUU